AUCAACUUCAGAGGAACUGAAGGAGAAGACUUUGAAUAUUUUAUCGAAUCACUGUAUGAAUACUUCGGUAUAAGAAACAUUACAGUAGAAAAGCAAAAAAUAUUUCACUUAAAAUCCCUUUUACUUGGUGUGAUCACCUUCAACCACUUCUUCACCAUGGACCUAGAAACAGGAAGCUGCGCCGAAAACUUCGUCGAUAUGAUCAAAAUACUACAGGAGAAAUAUGUAAACUCCGGUAAUCUCACCGUUAAGCACUAUGUAACCUUCAACCGGUUGACUCAAGGACCAAGAGAAUAUCCAAGGGAAUUUGAUGCCAGACUGGUAGAAGCAGCCAGAAUAGCUGGUAUUACAGACUGUAAGAUGGUAGAGUCAAGAUUCAUCAUGGGGAUGCACCCAGAGGUAUAUGAACAUUGUGUGUCACUUGGAGCUCAAACCCAUGCCGAAUAUUUGAAAUAUGCAGAAGGCUAU